AUCAAGCGAUAACCUCACAUCACACGCAUGCUAUCGACGCUUGUCUUUUCCUUGCUGAUCCAAAGAGGAGGGGAAAAAAGAGUAUGAACGUCCCGUCAGAGCUCAGUCAUCCACUGCGAGUCCUCCAGCGUUAGCCGGCACGUCAAAAAUCACAUGACAGAAGCUUGGUUCCUUUCCUUGCUUGCGUGCCCUUGGGGUUCGGAUUUCGAUAGAACCAACCCCUGUGAUCGACUCCGUGUUCGAUCAAUCCACCGGUGUACGUAUACCACCAGACCAGGAAUAUCUCUCAAGCCGAGCUUCACGCACUCACUGUCACAGGAGGCACCAUGAGAGCCGCCGCGGCCCGUCUGCUCCGUAAACUAAUCCCCCGCAGCGUCAGCAGAAUCACCAGCAGCAGCAUCGGAUCAACGCCGGAUUAUUAUUCUAAUCCCCACUUGGAUUAUUCAAUUCCCGGUCCCAAUCUCGCCAGAGCGCGCCCGUUUACUUCGCUGCCACCAUGCCUCCCUCGCGCUUCCUCAUCGUCAUCGCCUACUUCUUAUUCUUCUCCCCUCCUUGGCUUCGUGUCUCUCUACUCCAGCCUUGUUGGAAGGGAAGCAGAGGCGGAGGCGGAGUUGGAGGUUCUGGACAUGGACGCCGGCACGGUGCGCUGCGCGGCCAACUACGUGCCGCUGACGCCGAUCAGCUUCAUCGAGCGCGCCGCGGCCGUCUACGGCGACCGCGCCGCCGUGGUCUACGGGGAGGAGGCGCGGCGAAGGCAGUGGACGUGGAAGGAGGUCCGCGGCCGGUGCGUCCGCGUGGCCUCCUCGCUCGCCACACGCUUCGGCGUCAACCGCGGCGAUGUGGUUGCUGUUCUCUGCCCGAACGUGCCGGCAAUGUAUGAGCUACACUUUGCCGUUCCCAUGGCUGGCGCUGUCCUCUGCACAUUCAACACGAGGCACGAUGCAGCCAUGGUGUCCGCCUUGCUGAAGCACUCUGGCGCCAAGGUGUUCUUCGUCGAUUCGAGCCUCCUCGGCGUCGGGAAAGCGGCGCUGAGGCGCCUUGCCGAUCAAUCAGGCGCUGCCAGCCUUCCAAUCCUUGUAACCAUCUCAGAUGAUGCCGACUCCGGUGACUCUGACCGUCGGGGAAAUGAGUACGAGGUUCUCAUCAAGAACGCCCCUUCUGGGUUCGAUAUCCGGUGGCCCCUGAACGAGCUUGACCCGAUCGCGCUCAACUACACGUCUGGCACGACGUCGCGGCCCAAGGGUGUGAUCUACAACCACCGGGCCACCUACCUCAACACCAUCGCAACGGUACUCGCCUACAACAUCACCACCAUGCCGACGUACCUGUGGACCGUGCCGAUGUUCCACUGCAAUGGCUGGCACCUGCCGUGGGGCGUCGCCAUGCAGGGCGGCACCAACAUCUGCCUGCACCACUUCACGGCCAAGGUCAUCUUCGACAACAUCGCACGGCACAGGGUGACGCAUAUGGGCGGCGCACCGACAGUGCUCAACAUGAUCAUCAACGCGGUGAUAGCGGACCGAAAGCCGCUGCCGGGGACGGUGAGCGUCAUGACAGGCGGGGCACCGCCUCCACCCCACGUCCUGAACGGGAUGGAGGAUCUCGGCUUCAUAGUGCACCAUGUCUAUGGCCUCACAGAGACGCACGGUCCAACCACCGCCUGCACGUGGAUGCCGGAGUGGGACGUGUUGCCGGCUGGGGAGCGUGCUCAGUUGAAGGCACGACAAGGGGUAAAUCACAUCGGUAUGCAAGACGUCGACGUCAAAAGCCCGGACACCAUGAAGAGCGUACCCCACGACGGCCAAACGGUGGGCGAGGUGAUGUUUCGUGGCAAUACCAUCAUGAGCGGCUACUACAAGGACAUCAACGCGACCAAGGAAUCCAUGGCCGGCGGGUGGUUGCACACCGGUGACCUUGCCGUGCGGCACCCGGACGGGUACAUCGAGCUCAAAGACAGGGCCAAGGACAUCAUCAUAUCGGGGGGUGAGAACAUCAGCUCGAUUGAGGUGGAGUCGAUGAUCUUCAGCCACCCGGCGGUACUCGAGGCGGCAGUCGUGGCGAGGCCGGACGACCAUUGGGGGGAGACGCCAUGCGCCUUCGUCAAGCUGAAGGACGGUGCCAAUGCCACGGAAGCAGAAAUCAUAGGCUUCUGCAGGGAGAGGUUGCCGCACUACAUGGCGCCCAAGACGGUGGUGUUCGAAGAUUUGCCCAAGACAUCGACAGGUAAGACCCAAAAGUUUGUCCUCCGGGAGAAGGCCCGGGCAAUGGGCAGCCUGACAAAGACGGGAAACAGCAAACUGUAAACUUUGUUUUCCUUGUUGGAAGGAACAUUGUUGUAUGAUUGCACAACGCUUUCGCAGAGAUUGCGAUGUUGUCGUGUGAUGUAUGUCACUUUGCCUGGCGUCCUAACAGGCAAAACACUUGCAAUUGCCUGCAGCGUUCGUCAGCGCAAUGACGCUGCAUUUCUUGCAAGUAGCUUCGAAACAACGGCGCUAAUCGAUGGGCUGUUUUUGCAA